AUCCGUCGCAAAUGGCUGGCCGCGCUCUCCACAAGUCCAUCGCCAAGGUCCAGCAGGCCAAGGUCUUCUCGGCCGUCGCGCCCGGUACCAAGUACAUUGGCACGCACAAUGGCACCUUCCAUUGCGACGAAGCGCUCGCGGUCUCGAUGCUCAAGAUCCUUCCGCGCUUUGAGGCGCAUGACAUUCUCCGCACGCGCGACAUGGCCAAGCUCGCGGGCUGCGACGCGGUCGUCGACGUCGGCGGCGAGUACAACCCCGACGCGAUCCGGUUCGACCACCAUCAAAAGACGUUCACGGGCACGAUGGACGGCGAGCCGACGAAGCUCUCGAGCGCUGGCCUUGUCUACAAGCACUUUGGCCGGGACAUCAUCCAGACCAUCUGCGAUGGCACGCUCAGCGACAAGGUCCUCGACAUCAUGUACCACAAGAUGUACAAGGGCUUCAUCGAGCACAUCGAUGGCAUCGACAACGGCGUCGAGGUCGCGACCGGCACGCAGAACUACAGCAUCACGACGUCGCUGAGCUCGCGCGUCGGCUACUUGAACGCGCGCUGGAACGAGCCGCAGACCGACGACGUCGUCAACGCGCGCUUCCAUGACGCGAUGCUCCUCACGAUCUCCGAGUUUGUCGAGCGCGUCCGCUACUACUACGAGGCAUGGCUGCCGGCGCGCACGAUCGUCGAGACGGCGCUCGCCGGGCGCUUCCAGGUGCACAAGUCGGGCGAGAUCCUCACGCUCCCGUACUGCCCGUGGAAGGCGCAUCUGUACGCGAUCGAGGACGAGCUCCUCAUCUCGGGCCAGAUCAAGUUUGUGCUCUACGAAGACAGCCUCGGCGGCAUGUGGCGCAUCCAGGCCGUGAACGUCGAGGACGGCAAGUUUGCGCUGCGCAUGGGCCUGCCCGCUGCGUGGCGCGGCUUCCGCGACGACGAGCUCAGCUCGAUCGCGGCCAUUCCCGGCUGCACCUUUGUCCACGCGGGCGGCUUCAUCGGCGGCAACAAGACGUACGAGGGCGCGCUCGCCAUGGCCGUCUACACCAUCGAGCACGCCGACGCUUAAGACUAAAUCGAAUCCAACACGAACGAAACAGUGUUUAAAACAUA